CUGACAUCUCUGACAAAAGAUCUAUCGCCGCUCUCUCGGACCAGCACAGCACGCAACACCUCUUGCAUUUCUCGGCGGACUCGGACCCCCGCUCAGCCAGCAUCGAGCAACGGCCACGCUCGUGAUUGCCGAGGCCGACGAGGUGAUUGAGCGGACACGCCAGUCCGCUUACUCGCUGCCUAAAUACAACCGGCCAAACAACAGCCGCAGCACGCCAAGUGCUGAUAAUCGUGGUCGUCGUCGCGUCCGAACAGACAGAAAUUUAGCCACACUCAGAGCAAAAGCAACAGCAGUAGCAAGCACACACGCACACACGCACGACCCGGCACGAUGAGCCUCAAGCCGCUGUCGACAAUCCACCCAAACGGUAAUGGGAACGGAGCCGAGCCUGGCCCCAGCUACUCCGGUAUAGGAAAUGGCAAUGGCAACAAUGGGCAAAGGAGGCAAAGGAGCCCCGACUCGGAGGAGAGGGGCAUGGGCAAGAAGCAGCGUGCGAUCACGGCCUGCGAAGCAUGUCGCCAACGGAAAAUCGCAUGCGCCGGUGGCCACCCCUGUGCACGGUGCGAGCAAGACUCUCGCGAGUGCUACUACGCCGACCGGCCGAACCGGUCCCCACUAACGCGUGCUCGCAUGACCGAGCUCGAGACAAGAAUCGACGUCUACGAGCAGCUGUGGGACUCGAUUUUCUCGGGCUUCAGCCUGCCCGAAGCGUUCGCGCGGUGGGGGGAUAUCGGACUCUCUGGAGCGCGAUCGCUAGCACUCGAGACACUGCCGCGGCCGGCGUCGGCCGGCCGAAGCCCGCACCCUAACGCGCACCGGGAAAGAGAACGGCCACGCGAGUCGUCCUCGAGGUACGGCACACCACAUAUGCCCGUCUCCCGGGUCAUGUCCCCCGUCCCAGCGGGCGAGUACGACCCCGACCACCCGCACGCGUUCGUCGUGGAGCCCAACCGCGACCCGGGGACAUACGAGUGGCAUGAGGACCCCGACACGGGCGGCCAGGUCGCCCUCGAUGGCAUGGGAUCGCUCGCCAACGGCGAAGAGGGCGUCAGCUACAUGGGCUUGUCGUCCGGCGCGACAUUUGUCAACGUAAUCCGGAGACUGACGCCGAACCACACGCUGUCGGUGUCGCCAACGUCAUUCACCGUGUCGCCUGGGAACGUGUCAGGCCUGGACGUUGCUGGAGUGCUCAAGCGCCCCGAUGCGCCGCCAUCAUCACGCCGUUCCGUGUCGACACACCGCGCCAUGAAGCCGCUGCCGCCGCUGACAGAGAUCCUGCCGCUGGUGGACAGCUACUUCCGCUACUUCCACGGUAACACACCGCUCGUCCACGAGCCGACCAUCCGCGCGCAGAUUAUGGGCGCGCUCCCCGUGUCCAAGUCACCUGGGUCCGAGGUCUUGCUGUACAUGAUCUUUGCGAUGGGUGCGUUCGACGGCGCGACAGACGAGAGCGACCCGGGCUAUGCGUACUACGAGGUUGCGCGGUCGGCGCUUCAGCGCGACAUGCUGGAAGAAGGGUCGCUGCAGCUCGUGCAGGGCUUAGCCAUCAUGGCCAACUACCUCCAGCGCGCGAACCGCCCAAACGCCGGAUACUUGACGCUCGGCCUGGCUAUCCGCAUGGCUGUCGGAUUGGGUCUUCACACGCCGUUUGCUGGAUGGCAUGGGUCUCCACUGGAGAAGGAGAUGAGGUCUCGAGUGUGGUGGUCCAUCAUCUCGCUCGAGUCUGGGUGCUCAGUCACGUUUGGCCGCCCACAGGGCCUCGGAUCAGUGUACCUCGGUGCCGUACCGCUCCCCAUCAACUGCUCUGACGAGCACUUGACAGUGUCAAGCGAGACACGGCCCCACAAUGUGUCGGAUAUCACGUCGUACUCGGCGGUUAUUAUGCAGUCGACGCUGGCGCGCAUAGCAACCAUGGUGCACGACCGGAUCCUCCAGUCACACACUCCCACGCUGGAGCAGAUCAAGCGCUACGACGCCAAGAUUGUCGCGGCAAUUUCCACGCUACCAGCCGAGUGGCACAACCCGGCUGGGCCUUAUCGCCUGGCAAGGUCGGUACAGGUGUGGCGUAUCCGUGACUUCCGCGCGAUCCUGUACCGCCCGAUCCUGCUCGCCGCGGCCUGGGACGCACGGAAUGGCAACCACCUGUCCAUCUCACCGGGUAUGCGCGAGGCGAUCGAGACGUGCCGGUCGCUCGCGCUCGACAACCUGCACGACAUGGGCGAGUACACGAACACUGAGGGCGACUUUGCGCGCGGCGCAGAGUGGUACACGCUCUUCUUUGCUUUCCAAUCUGCCCUGACCAUUCUCCUGUCGGUAGUCAUGGAGCCCAACCACCCGUCGGUCGGCACUUGGCGCAUCGUGAUCCAGACCACGGCGGGCUGGUUCCGCCAGCUCAAGUCGCUGCGUACGGUGGGCAACACGUACGCCACGAUCCUGGAGAACAUUAUCGGCACGGUGCCGAGCUCUGUCGGCGACGGGGUUAUCCCAACGCCUGUCUCGUGGCCGCCCAUGGUGGAGGAGGGCCAGAACGCGACCAUCCUCGAUGUGGAGCGCUACUGGCUCGAAAUUAUGGGCAACGAGCUCGCCCUCCCCAACAUCAACGCGUCGGGAGGCUGGGACCACCUGUUCCAGAACAACGGGUUUCAGUUUUAGUAGUUUGUAGUAUUAGUAUCCGUAUCUUGGGCUGUAUCUGUAUGUACA